UCAUCUGUUUGUAGGAGGAAAAGGAAAAAGAUAGACAGUAACAUUUACAGAAAGCGAGGCCAGCAGAGCAGAGUCCUACAAUCCUUCAUCCCUCCUCCCGGCUUCAAUCAGCUCUAGCUCACUUCAGUAACGGUGCGGAUCAAACAGCGAUUUUAUCUGAUCCCUGUCCAAAAUGAUUACAAUCCCGUAUUUCACUGCUUUGACCACCUUCUUCAGCUAUGUCCUCCUCUUUGCAUUUGGCCAAUUGCGUGACUUUUUCAGAAAAGCCAUUCAUUGGUAUGACUCCAGAAAUCUUCAGGGAUAUGCUCCAAUUUGCUUAGGGCUUGAAGAUUUCUACAUCCGCCGGUUGUAUCUUCGGAUUCAAGACUGUUUUGGACGACCAAUUUCAAGUCCUCCUGAUGCUUGGUUUGAUGUGGUGGAGCGUGUGUCUAAUGAUAACAAUAAAACUCUAAAGCGUACCUUGAAAAUUACCAAGUGCCUUAACUUGGGAUCAUAUAACUAUCUUGGUUUUGCUGCAUCUGAUGAAUAUUGCACACCUCGUGUGAUUGAGUCCAUGAGAAAAUUUUCUCCAAGCACUUGUAGUAGCCGUGUAGAAGGAGGCACACUGUCAAUACACACUGAACUGGAGGAAUGCGUUGCUAAUUUUGUUAGAAAACCAGCUGCUAUAGUUUUUGGCAUGGGCUAUGUAACAAACUCAGCAAUUCUUCCUGUCUUGAUUCGAAAGGGUGGCUUGAUUAUCAGUGAUUCUCUAAACCACAACUCUAUUGUUAAUGGUGCUCGAGGCUCUGGAGCUACUAUUCGUGUCUUCCAACAUAACACACCCUCCCACUUGGAGAAUGUUUUGAGAGAACAAAUUGGUGAAGGACAACCCAGAACACAUAGGCCUUGGAAGAAGAUAAUUGUUGUAGUGGAGGGCAUAUACAGCAUGGAAGGGGAACUCUGCAAGCUUCUUGAGAUUGUUGCCAUAUGCAAGAAAUACAAGGCAUAUGUUUAUUUGGAUGAAGCUCAUAGCAUUGGAGCAAUUGGCAAAACUGGAAGGGGUGUUUGUGAGCUCUUAGGAGUUGACACAGCAGAUGUGGAUGUCAUGAUGGGAACUUUCACAAAAUCAUUUGGAUCCUGUGGUGGUUAUAUUGCUGGAUCCAAGGAACUGAUUCAAUAUCUCAAGCACACAUGCCCUGCUCAUUUGUAUGCAACAUCAAUAUCACCUCCUGCUGCCCAACAAAUUAUUUCUGCCAUAAAAGUUAUCCUUGGACAAGACGGCUCUAGUAGAGGGGCUCAAAAACUAGCCCGUAUACGAGAGAACAACAACUUUUUCCGAACUGAACUGCAGAAAAUGGGAUUUGAGGUCCUGGGAGAUAACGAUUCACCUGUAAUGCCCAUAAUGCUCUACAAUCCAGCAAAAAUACCUGCCUUUUCACGGGAGUGUCUCAAACAGAAUGUGGCUGUGGUUACAGUUGCUUUUCCAGCAACUCCUCUACUAUUGGCUAGAGCACGAAUAUGCAUUUCUGCUGCUCACACAAGGGAAGACCUUCUCAAAGCAUUGGAGAGUAGUUAAGGAUAUGUGAAUAGCACGUGGCACAAGUGGUGGGGUCUCGAAGGUUAUCAGCAGAGUUGGUGAUAUGGUUGGCAUUAAAUACUUUCCUGCUGACUCCUAUAAACAACAGUUGGAAGAAAAUAGAGUUAUGCAGGACUGAAUUAUUAUAUGUGAGUGUACAUUCCCAAUGUUGUUUUGCUUCAAUUGGAUAUUGAAAUCUAAAAGGAGUCCAAAAAUUGUGUUUAGUGUGAAUGCUUACUGUAAGAUGUACAUAUAUUGUCAUUAAAAAGAAAUGGUGAUUGUCAAAAUCUAAAGCUCAUGCAUGUGUUGCCUUUUGCUGCUA